CUCUCGUUCUUUGCUGCUGUUUAGGAUUAGGAAGACAAGACAAGAUGCAUAUUUACUACUACGACAACGUUGAGGGCGACCAGCGCGACGACCACUACUCCGGCAAGGACCUGUCGGCGGCCGACAUCGCCAAGCUGGGUGUGUCUGCCUACUUCUUCUCUGGCGAGGAGGCGCUCUCGCAGGUUGACGCGCUCGCUAAGGAGCGCUCGUACAAGAACAAAGACGAGAUCUGCAUUUCUCCCGCCAGUUUCGGCGCGGACGUGUACGAAGAAAAGGUCAAGAUCUUCUACAAGGAGCAUCUGCACGAGGACGAGGAGAUCCGGUACAUUGUCGACGGCGAAGGGUUUUUUGACGUGCGCGAUCUCGAGGACCGGUGGGUGCGCAUGAAGCUCGUCAAGGGGGACUUGAUUAUCUUGCCGGCGGGGAUUUAUCACCGGUUCACGACGACGGCGACGGACUAUGUCAAGGCGAUGCGGUUGUUUAAGGAUGAGCCGAAGUGGACGCCGCUGCCGAGACCGUGCGAUGAGAAUCAGUACAGGGUGCAGUAUUUGCAGUCUGUGGCUGCGAACUGACCUUUUGAUCUCUUGAUCUCAAUGAAGAGGAUGGUUACUGAGUGCUGAAGGAGUUUUUUAUUUGUUUUGUGGGUUCUUGGUUGGUUGAGGAGGGGUAUAGUAAAAUAACAAAAGUAGGUCAGAACACAA